AUGAAGACAGACGGAGAGCGCCAACAGAAAAAAGUCAGGUUUCGAGUAUGUUCUGCAAACAGUGGAAGAGUGCUGAAAGAAGUGUAUACCGAUGGAAACCUGGUGGACUCCCAAGUGUCAGAAUGUGCCAGCAAUUCUGAGACUGAGCAAUGCAGUGGCUACAGUGAAGUGAAUGGAUAUAAUGGGCAGCAUUUUGCUUUGGAAACUGGUGGUAAUGAAAGUGAAUGUGAUGACAUGCUUCUGUUAGCAAGUACCACCAAAGACAGAGGAAUCUUUCGAAAGAGAAUUAAUAUCUUAAGUAAAAAUGGUACAGUGAGAGGUGUCAAACACAAAGUCAGUGCUGGGCAAGCACUUUUCAGUAAUUUGUCAAAUGUAUUUGAACCACUACUAACACUAGAAUUUGGAAGAAUAGUAAUCUACACAACUAGCCUUCGUGUUGUGAGGACAACAUUUGACCGCUGUGAGAUAGUGAGGAAAAUUUUCCAAAAUCACAGAGUAAAAUUGGAAGAGAAAAAUAUUGCUUUGAACAGUGAUUAUGGAAAGGAGCUAGAAGAGCGUUGCAAGAGAGCUAAUGAAUCACCUUCCUUACCUGUGGUGUUCAUCGAUGGUCAUUAUCUCGGGGGUGCAGAGAAAAUAUUGUCAAUGAAUGAAUCAGGGGAGCUACACGAUCUCUUAACAAAGAUUGAGAAAGUCCAACACCCACACGAGUGUUCAGCCUGUGGUGGAUUUGCAUUUGUUCCAUGCUCAGUGUGCCACGGGAGCAAGAUGUCAGUGUUUCGAAACUGCUUCACCGAUUCCUUUAAGUCCCUCAAGUGUACUUCUUGCAAUGAAAAUGGAUUGCAGCACUGCAAACUCUGCAAAAUGAAUCCCAUCCCAUCAACGAGAAUAACACUAGAGUAA